AUGGGCGCUUCAUCCGACCUGCUGGCUUUCUUUAGCCGAAUGAAAUCACAAGGCGCCAUUAUUGUGGAAGAUCUGCCCAAGUUCGACGUAGAAUCAUACAUCAGCAACUAUCAAGGCCGAACCCGUUUUGACCGAUUAAUGCUCCUUGGCGAGAGCUCUGUACCGCUAUGCGUUGAUGCUCUAAAGGCAGCAGUAGUCGAAGCAAAGAAUGGGCGCGACGUCGGAAGAUAUAGAGGAGCAUGGGAGUAUAUUCGAGUGGCCGCUCCCAACGAACCCGAAGCGAUACGUGACAAUGCGUGGAUCGAGUCAACAGAGACGGCAAACAAGGCCGAGACGGCCAGGCUGGAGGUAGAACUGAAAGGAUAUCGCAACAACCUUAUCAAGGAGAGCAUCAGGAUGGGAAAUGAAGAUCUUGGCACCCACCUUGAGGAGACCGGCCACUUGAAGGAGGCUGCUGAAGCUUAUGGUCGCAUGCGGCACGAUGUCGGUACGACAAAGCACAUUGUGGAUUGUGCGCAGCAUCUUGUCAGUGUAGCACUCCAGCGCCGUGACUGGGUUUCCGUCAUCAGCAAUGCCAGUAAGGUCAGCGGCGUGCAGGCUACCGACCUUGAACGGGAUCUGCAACCAUAUCUCAAGGCCGUCUCUGGUAUAGGACAAUUAGGCUUGGGGAAAUACCAUGAAGCAGCAGCGAGCUUCCUACAAAUCAACUCAGCCGGCUCUCUAGAGUCGUUGCAGGGUCUCGUAACUUCUAACGACAUUGCCAUUUAUGGAGGCCUCCUCGCCCUGGCCACCAUGGACAGAAACGAUUUGCAGACCAAAGUUCUGGAUAACCCUACUUUCCGCACAUUUCUGGAACACGAGCCUCAUGUGCGAAAGGCCAUUAGUCAAUUCAUCAACGGCCGUUACUCGACCUGUCUCUCAACUCUGAAUGCUCUUCAAACUGACUGCUUGCUUGACCUGUAUAUGCAGAAGCAUGUUGCAACAAUCUUUACCCGCAUCAGAAGGAAGUGUAUUGUCCAAUACUUUAUUCCAUUCUCAUGUGUAACUAUCCAGAGUUUGGAUGAGGCUUUCGGCCGCGGAGGAAACUCCAUUGAAGACGAGCUCGCGAGUAUGAUUAGAGACGGCGCCUUGAGUGCACGAAUUGACUCAAAAUCAAAGUUGCUUGUGGCUGUUAGCACCGAUCCACGAGCACAGAUGCAAGCGAAGGCUCUAAAUGUCGCAAGAAAGUACGAGCACGAGGCUAAGGAACGCCUCCGACGAAUCAAUGUCAUUGCUUCAGGGCUAGAAGUGACCCGAGGCAAGAGACAGACGGACGAACAUUGGUACGAAGGAGAGAGAACAUCCGUUCUCACUGGCUAA